AUGUCUUCGGCUGCCUCACGCGUCCGGAACGACGUUUCGGCGAAUGCGAUAUUCACGCCACGUGAGAUGAAGCAAUAUAGACGAUGGCAAAAUCUGCACACAACGUUGAAGCCGAGCGAACAAGGUUUCAUUCCAACGGCAGACGAAUAUGAGGAUUUUCAACAAUGGCUUAGAAAACAGGAUUCCGGCUACUUCUCCGAUGUUUUCGAAGACGUGGCUGAACACGUCAAGCCCCUUACCGCAGAUAAGCCACCCACUGCUAUAUUGUGUCGACAUGCCAUGCACCCUAUCACAGCCGGCCAGCUGAGGAAGCGAUGUCCUUUGUGUACGGUCGACAUGUACAUUAGCUAUACGCGAGCGUUGGAGAAAGCGCUCAGGGAUGCUGGGGGUCGUGCACCGUCCUGUUGCAUGACCGCAUCACCUCACCAGGAGAGCUUGUACGAUAUCUUUGUCGCAGGUAAGCUUCAGGCUUUGCGCUACUUAGGAGAGCUCGAGCAGCUGGCCGAAGAAGAAGCCAAAUGGUUCGCGCAGCAUCCCGAAUGGAAGAAUGAGGACAUUCGCACAGCAAGCCGGGCGCUUGAUUUGUACUGGUCUGAAGCCGGCGCCUUUACAGAACCGCGACUGCAACAGCGCAAGAAAGCAAAGACUGUCAAUUUCGCGCCAGAUACCGAUUUUGAGUUAUGUCGGCCACUAGACUAUUACCGACGAAGAUCUCCUCGUUACGAACCUGGCAAGUACGCCUUGCUGGAGCAAGACGAAGAGGACGACGCCAUUUCAGAGGAUUCAGAGGACUACUCGCGUGCACCUGUCUUGCUCGGGGAAGGAACGAGCGAGUCGGACGCUAAUGUGGUAAACUUCUAUGAUUUCACACAAACGUGCGGGAUAUUGACCGACGUCAUUCGAAGCGCCGAAGCUGUGGUUCGCAAAACAGAGAACGCGAUGGCCGAGUCGGAGGGAUUGCUCGAGCUUCCAAGGUUAGACGACGAGGAUGACGAGGAGGAGGACGAGGAGGAGGACGAGGAGGGCGAUGAUGACGAUAGCGAUUGGGAGUUGGACGACGAAACUGACGGAAGCGACUACAUCUACUACGAAGUCGAAGAGGACUGUAGUUUUGUGGUGUUUGGAGAAGACUGA